AUCCAGCUCUUUGCAAAUUGAGCGAAGCUUUUCUUCUAUUCUAUUUCGCUUGUCCACUUUCUCUCUCUUUCCAUCGCUUUCUGGUUCCGAUUUAGGGCUCCUUGACUCACAUCACAACCUUAUCGUUCUUCAGGUUAUUGAUUGGUUUUGAGGACAGGAACUUUACAUUGUUCACACAUCUAUUGAAGAAAAAAAGGGACUGGUGUUUUUCAGUGUAGUGAUGACAUUUGGCUUGACGCAUUGAAAUUUAUGCAAUGUCGAGCUUACUUAAUUCUUCUCUGAAUGGGUCUGCUUCAAAUCUUCCGGAUGGUGCUGGGCGUUCUUUUGCUACGUCAUUCUCUGGUCAGUCUGGUGUAGCCUCCCCAGUUUUUCAUCACUCUGGUUCUAUUCAGGGAUUGCACAACAUUCAUGGGAACUUUAAUGUACCCAAUAUGCCCAGUACACUCACAUCAAGAAACUCAACAAUAAAUAGUGUUCCAACUGGGGGAGGAGUUCAGCAACCUUCGGCAAGCCUUUCUAGUGGAAGAUUUGCAUCAAAUAAUCUACCUGUUGCUCUGUCACAGCUAUCUCAUGGAAGCUCCCAUGGACAUUCAGGAGUCAACAGCAGAGGAGGUAUAAGUGUUGUAGGAAAUCCUGGAUUUAAUAGUAGCACAAAUGGAGUUGCUGGUCCUAUUCCUGGGAUUCUUCCAACUUCUGCUGCAAUUGGUAACCGAAAUGCUGUUCCAGGAUUGGGAGUAUCCCCAAUUUUGGGAAAUGCAGGUCCCCGAAUCACUAGUUCGAUGGGAAACAUGGUCGGUGGAGGGAACAUUGGGAGGAUAAGCUCUGGAGGAUUGUCUGUUCCAGGUCUUGCUUCUCGUCUAAAUUUAAGUGGAAACACUGGAUCUGGUGGUUUAGGUGUGCAAGGACAAAAUAGAUUGAUGAGUGGUGUGCUUCCACAAGGAUCUCCACAGGUAAUUUCAAUGCUAGGAAAUUCCUAUCCUAGUGCUGGAGGUCCGCUUUCACAAAGUCAUGUUCAAACAGUAAAUAACUUGAACUCUAUGGGGAUGCUGAAUGAUGUGAAUUCCGGUGACAGUACACCUUUUGACAUCAAUGACUUUCCUCAACUGACCAGUCGUCCUAGUUCUGCUGGUGGGCCUCAAGGACAGUUGGGUUCUUUACGAAAACAGGGUCUUCCCAUUGUCCAACAAAACCAAGAGUUUAGUAUUCAAAAUGAAGACUUCCCAGCUUUACCAGGAUUCAAAGGUGGUAAUUCAGAUUUUGCUAUGGAUAUGUACCAGAAAGAACAACUUCAUGAUAAUACUGUGUCAAUGAUGCAAUCUCAACAUUUCUCCCAGAUGGGGAGGUCUGCUGGUUUCAGUUUGGGAGGAUCAUAUCCAUCACAUCGUACACAACAGCAACAGCAGCAUGCCCCUUCUGUCAGUAGCAAUGGUGUCUCAUUUUCAUCUGUAAACAAUCAAGAUCUUCUCCAUCUGCAUGGAACGGAUAUUUUUCCAUCUUCACACUCAACAUAUCAUUCCCAGACCAGUGGGCCUCCUGGCAUUGGACUAAGGCCUCUGAAUUCUCCAAAUACGGUUUCUGGUAUGGGUUCAUAUGACCAGCUUAUCCAGCAGUAUCAACAGCACCAGAACCAGUCCCAGUUCCGCCUUCAGCAGAUGUCAGCUGCAAAUCAGUCUUUUAGGGAUCAGGGCAUGAAGUCUAUGCAAACUGCUCAAUCUAGUCCAGAUCCAUUUGGUGCACUUGGCUUGUUCAGUGUAGUCCAUAUAAGUGAUCCUAACCUGAAAUAUCUUGCUCAUGGGAUUGAUCUUACAACACUUGGGUUGAAUUUGAAUUCAUCAGAAAACCUUUACAAGACUUUUCGGUCCCCGUGGUCUGAUGAACCAGCCAAGGGUGAUCCAGAGUUCAGUGUGUUACAAUGUUAUUAUGUUAAACAGCCUCCUGCUCUUCAUCAAGGUUAUUUUUCAAAGUUUUCGGUGGAAACUUUGUUUUACAUAUUUUACAGCAUGCCCAAAGAUGAAGCACAACUAUACGCGGCAAAUGAACUUUACAAACGUGGUUGGUUUUAUCAUAAAGAGCAUCGUUUAUGGUUUAUAAGAGUUCCCAACAUGGAGCCGCUUGUCAAAACAAACACAUACGAGAGAGGAUCUUACCACUGUUUUGAUCCAAACACAUUUGAAACAGUCCGGAAGGAUAAUUUUGUUCUUCAUUAUGAAAUGGUGGAAAAGAGACCGUCUGUGCCUCAACAUUGAGGAAGGAAAAAGAAAACCUUAAAUGUAAAGUUUUUAUUUAUGGAUUUAAUUUUUAGGACGCAAGUCAUUUUGAAUCAUUAGCGUUCCUUCAAUUUGGCGUUUUUCUUACAUUCUCGUAAAUCUUGAUGCAUUGAGAGCUGUUAUCCUUUUUACCCCAGCCAUAAUAUAGUUAAAAUAAUGGACGUUAGGAUAA